GUUGCAAAUAUCGACCGUUUUGCGGCAGGUCAAGUUGCCUGUAAAGGUCAGCUAGCCCGACAGCUGCUUGCAUGUAACCGAUGUUUUUUUGCUCAUUUAGCGCGAAAUUCUGACGCUUUUUCGUCCUUUUCCUGGCCACUUAGACAGCUAUCAAAAUGGCUGUGAUUGGCACACAGCUGGUGGUUUCCAUGGUGAUGGCCAGCAUCAUCCAGAAGCUGCAGCCGCACUUCUCGGCCGCUAGGUGGCUCCUCAGUAGAAGGCUAGUGCGUUACCUUCACCCAACGGACGAUAAACUGAGAGAGCUAGCAGUUACAGGCACUAAGGGCAAGGGCAGGAAAAGGGAUGACAGAAGAGCGGAUGGAAAAACAGACAAGGACUUCACAGUGCCGUGUAGCAUCAACCUUCAACUGGAGACAGCCAAGGUGGAGAGAGUCGACAUCAUAGGUCUGCAGUUCUACACAGAGUACCAGUGGUUGAUAGACUUCUCAGGAUGUGCACUAGCCAUCUACCUGUUCACAGAGGGUUACUACUACCUGGUGCAGCCAAGGGCAGAGGUCAACCUCAGCGUCAUCUGGUGUUUGCUGGUGGUGGUCUUCAUCCUGUCGCUACUGUUCAGCCUGACUGCUGCGUACUUUACCGGAGAUGACAGCGGGGAGCGCUCCAUCUGUCUGGUGUUUGGGUUCUUCUUCCUCCUGGUGUCCAUGGCAGUGCUCAUCACUAGCGAGAACAUCCUGGAGUUUGGCCUGGACAGAGCCUACACAAGUCUAUCUGAUGCCAUCAGUGGGUUCCUGGGGUCACAAGGGGUGGAAACAAGUGGUGCCAGCUCCCCGAGCUCCAAGUUGAUGUUUAAGGGUGUCCUGGCGGUGUACUCUGGCCUGGUGGGAGCCUUCCUGACCUUCAGUGGACUCCGCUUCGGCAAGAUGCACCAAGACUCGCUCCAGUACAGCAAGGAGAGCCCACUCAUGCAGUUGCUGUUGCACUUGAACUUCCUGUGGCCCCUGGUAGUGGUUCUUAUGUGGGUGAAACCCCUGGCCAGGGGGUACGUGCUGCAUCCCCCCUCCCUGGGGACUAACAGCACUGUACCAGUGGAGCCUCUGAUGAGUGAACCCUGGUUUGAGACCAGCCGCCUGUACACCGUUAUCUUCUGCGUGGUCCUACGACUAGUCCUGAUGCACCGGUACCUGCAGUCCUACCUGAACAUGGCUCACCAGAGAAUAGAACACGUCAAGAAACAGGCCGGGAGGAUCAGCAACAUGGAGAUCCAGAAAAGGAUUGUAAGAGUGUUUUUCUACCUGUGUGUGGUGGCUGUACAGUACUUGGCACCUGUUGUAUUACUUCUAUUCUAUGUUCUGCUCCUCAAAACUUUAGGUGAAUACUCUUGGACAGGAAACCAUGUUCCCGACUCUGGAAACCUGACAAAAAACAUCACAGAGUUCCCUUCACUACAACAGGUUGCCGGGGACGAUGAACCGGUGAAACAGGCGGCCCAACAGCUGACCCUGGCCUUCGCUAGUCUGAGGAACAUCUUCUCUGCUGUGUUCUUCAGAGGGGUGGUCUCAUACCUAUGUUGGUGGUCUGCCACCACAGUUUUUGUAACCACUGCAUUUGGGAUGAUCUACCAUUCUGUUUUCACUGUAUAGACUGUAUUGUGAAGAAAAAGUCAUUGAUGCUAUUGUUACAAGGUUGAUUGGUCAUGAUUAUUUCUGCCUUGUUCUUUAUUGAACUGCUGUCCUAAUUGUCACUGCAGUAUUUGUUGCCACUGACUAUUUGGUAUUUGUGUAUAGACAGCAGGGUUGUAGCCAGCCUGAAAUUAUUUUCUGUACCCUCAAUUAUAAAUCCUCUCUAGCAUCGAAGGUGCAACAUUACUAGGGGGGUUGGGCACAUGCCCCCCUUCCCAGAAAAUUUUGAAAUCUAGACCCUCUGAAAUGCUAUUUCCUGCAUUUUGAGGUGCAAACUUUGCUGGUAGACUAAGCUGUUCAAAGGCUGUGAAAAAGGUUUUGGUGAAAAAUUACACAAGGGAAACAGUUUUUAAAUGUCGAUUUUUGUCCGUCACAGAGGACGGAAUGGGCAAAUUUUUCCCAUCCCCAGCUGCAAAACAAAAGGACGGAAGGACAGGUGCUGGCUGCAACCCUGAUAGACAGUAUUUAGUAUGAAAAUCAUUGAUGCUUUCCUCACCAUGUUGGUUUGGAUAAUUUCUAUUGCGUUAUUCAGAGAAAUGGUAUCAUACAUAAUGUAGAUGGUCUGUCAUUUCAGUUUUUGUGACUAAUAUGUUUGGAAUAUUCGAAAUGAUCCCUCACUCAAUUUUUGCAAUUUAGGUGUUUCAGGUAGAUGUAAAAACACUGUGGUAUUUCUGCUUGAGUGUUAGAUCAAUAUUUUGACACAAUCACUUUGUGUUGAGUACUUGUCACAUUGAAUUAUGAAAGACACCAGGUAUUAGGGGUAGUACAUUUUUUAACUAAACAGAGUGGAGCUAGUAAGUACAAUGUAGACCAAAUGACGCCAUUGUUGCCAUGCGUGAAUUCUCCCUUAAAAUAUGUAGUUCAGUACUUAGUGAAAGAGUUUGUAGUAGUCAUUGUUUAGAAAAAUGAAAGAUAUGUUGCACAAUCAUUAUGAUGAUUAAGUGGUAGAGUAAUAUGUAUCUGAAUAAAAGUAUUUGUUCUGUUCU